UAAAUGGCUCAUCCAUUGGUCUAACUACAUUCAAAAGAAUUGUAGCAAUGAAUUAAAUUUAAAUACAUAAGCUAUAUUAAUUUGAGCUCAUUCGUGUAUCAAGACUUUUUGCACAGAGAUAAACACACAAGCUGAAAUUUAAAAUAUUGCAAUUCACUACAGAUUAAAGUUGCUGGACUUUUGUUAUCUCAAGAGUGCAUAAAGGAGUAUUGUCCCCUUAUCAUGAUGGGGGAGGAGUGCGAAUUGCGCCAGUUGAUGCUCUCUACUGAGGCCGACGAAGAGGAUUCUCCAGAACGGGAAGAUCAACCACCGCCUCCACCUGUCAUGCCCCCAGCAAGAAUGAGAAACAAAUCUUCGAGCAGUCCAGCAAAGGAAUUGCAGCCAUCGAGAGAAGCAAAAAGUCAAACUCCAAUGCCCGCAAUGACGACAAAAGUGGUUUAUGUUAAUGAAAAGUCUGAGAGCAGAGACAAGAAUUUGGACACUCGGCAAGGCUCUGUUCGAUCUGCAGCCAGAAUGCACAAGCCAAGAAAGGUUGGUAAUGUGGUGAGACCUCUGCAGCACCACUGUUUUCUCUCAGAUGUUGCUGAUGUGCGGGGCAUGGAAAAGGCUCUGCUGAAGCUGCUGGAAGACUUCCAUUCUGGACAACUGAGAGCAUUUGGUCAGGACUGUAGCAUGGAACAAAUGGAGGCUAUUCGAGAACAGCAAGAACGUCUCGCAAGAAUGCACUUUGACCUUGGAGCACAGCAAGAAUUAUAUGCUCCGUUGAGUGACGAAGGUUUGCGGUCAGGACAAGAGAACCUCGACCGGCUAAUGGGUGCUUUGGAACAGCUCAGUUUAUCGAUAGAACAACUGCACUCUAACGAACAAGACGGUCUAGUUUUUUCAGACUGAGCUCAUAAAUUGUCAGCCAGCUGUGAUUUUUCAGUUUGCUUUAAUUUGCAUUUUAAACAUUUUUCUUGUUUGCCAAAUUUUAAGAGCUUAAAAUGCUCUCUCGUAUGUCAAAUUAAUAUUCAUUUAUUUUCAAAUACCGUGCAAAUGACAACAAGAAAUAGUAAAUAAUAAAUUGUGCUCAAUAGCAAAUUAAUUGAUUGCA